UAUGACUUGACUGGGCAGGCAGCCUGGAUGUUUCAUUCAGCUAUUAAUGUCAGUGUUUGCACAGACCCAUUCACACGGUGUCUGCAGACACAUCCUUGGCUUUUCUUUCACUUUCUGCAUUUCUUCCCCAGGAAUCUUUAUACAGGGAACAGUGCGAUGAAGGUUGUGUUUGUAUUCCUCGUUUAUUUAGGAUGUGCCUCUGCAUAUCAAGUGGAUAAUGGGGACACUUUCUACUACCGGAUGUUACACUAUAAGAAGCUGCAGCCGAUUCUAAGUCAAGGUACCUUUUCCUGGGCUAAUUGUGGGAGUGAGAAGGAACCUGCAGUCCUUAAGAGUCUUUCAAUCCAACCAGAUCCGAUCUCUAUUCCUGGGGAUCUACAGGCCAGUGCUACAGGUUUCACUGCUGUUAAUCUUACAGCACCUUUGACGGUUAACAUAACACUGGAAAAGGAAGUUGCUGGAGUUUGGGUGAAAGUUCCGUGCGUUGAUGAAAUUGGAAGUUGUGUUUAUGACGAUGUCUGCCGACUACUGGACUUAGUGAUUCCACCUGGACAAGACUGCCCAGAGCCACUAUAUACAUAUGGACUCCCAUGUCACUGUCCUUUCAAAGCGGGUGAGUACUCUCUGCCAAACACUUACUUCGACCUCCCUCCUGUCGCGCUGCCGACUUGGAUGGCCAGUGGGAAUUACAAAGCUAUGGGCAUUCUUACCAGAAACAAUCAGGAGCUGGCUUGUCUCAAGGGCACCUUCUCUCUCCAGACACAGUGAUCAAAUCAAACUAUUCACCUCCUAUUCCAGAAGUUGAACUUCUCGGAUGCAGAAUCAGAAAUUGCUUUCUAUCUCUACGCUAACAUCAAUAAUGCGUGCUCAGUAUUUUUUUCUUCUCUCUAAAAUCAACAGCUGUUUUGAAGCAGUAAACAACUUGUUUCAGUUCUACAUUGAAUCAGGAAUUGUCUCUGUUAACCUCAUAUUCUGUGGUCAUGAACUGGACCUACAAUACUUCUGCUUUUCUAAGUGUAGAUCGUGGUUACGGAUCACUCGACUAUCAGGUACAAAUGACAGUUCUGUAUUGUCACAGUGUACACUUUAUCCGAGCAAUAAACAAAAAGCUGAGGGAAACCAUUAAAAACGGGAACAAGAGUAGGUCAUUUGGCCCCGCACACCUGUUCUGCUGUUCAGUGGGAUCAUGGCUGACCAACAUUCCUCAUCCGCUUUCCUACAUUAUCCUCAUAACCCUUGAUUCCCCUCUUGAUUAAGAACCUAUCUUGUACGAUCAUACAGAUAAUGGAAGAGGACUUUUGGCCCAGCAUUCCUGUGCUGAUUUUUGAAAGAGUUUUCCAAAUACCCUAUCUUUUCCCCACAUUUCUCACCCUUAUAUAUUUAUUCAAUUCCCCUUUUACUCUGCACUUGCACAGUUUGCAGGUUAAAAAAAUCCCCUAACUCUCUUCCUGAUUAUCUAAUAUCUGCUUACCAAGUUUCCUUCCAAUGGGAAGUUUUCCUUAUCACAGGAUGGUUGCAGCACAGAAAACAGCCAUUUGGCCCAUUGCAUUCAUGCUGGCUCUCUGCAGCUCAUCUAUUGCCACUCCCCACCUUUACCUGAGGCCCUGCAUAUGUUACUCUCUAUAAUAAUUAUUUAAUUAGCAAUUGAAAGCCAUGAUUGAGCUUUCUUCCAUCACUCUCAGUCGGUGCAUUCCGGACCCUAGACAAUUGCUGCCUUGUCACAGCAUGCAGGAUAUACUUAUCAGACCAACUGCACGAUGCAGAUUUAUUUUUGGUGGAUGCUUAAAUAAUUAAACAAUGCUGAAUGUGCUGGGUUAUUCAUGUGAUUGAGGCUGACGUACACAGUUUCUCUGAUUCAUGUUAAAUGAAACACGAGCAGAAUUCUAGGAGAAUAGGGAUUCACCUUGUAAAGGGGCAUUUAUUAUCUGUGUCUGGCAGAUCUCUGUUUUGGGGGGAAAAGCAGAAAUAGUCAUUUGGCCCUUCAGUCCAACAUCCCAAACUAAACUUGUCCCUACUUCCUGCGCUUGGCCCAUAUCCCUUCAAACCUUUUUUAUUCACGUAUUGAUCUAAAUGGCUUUUAAACAUUGUAACUGUAUCCACCACUUCCUUUGGAAAUCCAUUUCACUCACAAAUUACUCUUUUUAAAAAAAAAAAAUGCCCCUCAUGUCUUUUUUAAAAUCUUUCUCCUCUCACAUUAAAAAUAUGUCCCAUAGUCUUGAAAUCCCCCACUCUAUGGAAAAGACACUUAUCAUUCACCUUAUUUAGACCCCUCAUUAUUUUAAACUCUUCUCUAAAGUCACCUCUUAACCUCCUAACCACCCACCCAAUCCAUCCUCUCCUUAUAACUCAAAUCUCCAUUUUUAGCAAUAUCCUGGUAAAUCCCUUCUGAACCUCCUCCAGCUUAAAAUAUCCUUCCUAUAACAGGGAGACCAGAACUAGAGACGGUACUCAAUUUUUAUUCCAAUCACUUGCCAUUUCAGGACAUAACAUUGGGUAUCAAAAUGCACUAUGUUGCAUUUUGUUUAUGAGGAAAUGCUAAAUAGUGUUCCUCAUUUACUUCUUGAGUGGGUGUUCAAAUCUGCAGUUGAAGCAGUGUUUUUGUUUGCAAAAUUUAAUGUCAAAUUUGUAUGAAAUUACUAAAUAAACAUGCUCUGUUUUCAAAAAAUAAAAGUCACAUCUGCG